AUGGAUAUGGUUGUUGUUGAUAUUGAAGAACAUUUUCAUUUAUUUGAUUAUGAUUAUGAUCAUGACGAUGAACAACUAGUCCAAGAAAUUCAACAACAACUACAAAGUCAUAAUUCAAAUCAAAUGGAAAUGAUUGAACAAAUGGUCAAUAGAAAAUAUGAAUUAGAAUUAUGGAGAGAAGAAAUUCAACAUUUGAAAAACUAUCAAAAAGAAAAUCAAUGGCCAUCAUCAUUUCGUUAUAUACAUGUGGGGAUACCAUCAUUUAUUGAAACUAUUACAGAUCAUAUUAUUCAACAACAAUUCAUUGAUCAACAUAAACAAAUACUUCAGGAUUAUAAACAUCAACUACUUCGAUUAUUGAUUACUAUGUCAGAAGAAAUUUGUUCAAAAAUACAAACUACAUUCAAUCGUGAUAUAUCUCUAUUCUGGAAUUAUCAACAUUCAUUACCUGUGAAAGAGCAAUUCUCUGAAACGAUAUUAAAUUUGAUUGAUCAACGUUUUAGUUUGAUGAUACGUAAAGUGCAUGCUAUUUAUUGUUAUUAUUAUCAUGAAAAAUAA